GAUACCUCUCCUAUGUUCAUAUGCAGAUUGGUUCUGAGAACAGGCAUAAUGAAGUAGGUGAAAUGCUGCUUUCCUUGACCUUUUUAGGCUAAAUAAAUCCCAAGCACAACCUGUCCGGGUGAAAUACACUGACGUUUAGAGGUCUCCCGUAGUAACUUGCCCACAGAGCUGGCUAGCGGAAGGGACUCGGAAUUCUGUUGUCGGUGACGCAAGUCCAUCUGUGGUUGGAAACGGGACUGGACGACGCAUUAUUGAGGCGGCGAGCCACUGAUAGAGCGUCUACAUGCUAAACAUGUGGAAAGUCAGGGAAAUGGUGGAUAAAGCCACUAACGUGGUGAUGAACUACUCUGAUAUCGAGUCCAAGGUGCGAGAGGUCACCAACGAUGACCCCUGGGGUCCCUCUGGACAGCUCAUGGGAGAGAUCGCCAAAUCCACGUUCAUGUACGAGCAUUUCCCUGAGGUCAUGAACAUGCUGUGGACCAGAAUGCUGAGGGACAAUAAGAAGAACUGGAGAAGAGUUUACAAGGCCUUACUACUAUUGGCAUAUCUCAUCAGGAACGGAUCGGAGCGAGUUGUCACCAGCGCGAGGGAACACAUCUACGACCUUCGCUCCUUAGAAAACUACCAUUUUGUUGACGACAAUGGGAAGGACCAGGGCGUCAACGUGCGUCAGAAGGUGAAGGAGAUGGUGGAGUUUGUUCAGGAUGACGACCGGCUCCGGGAGGAGAGGAAGAAGGCCAAGAAAAACAAGGACAAGUAUAUCGGCGUGUCCUCAGACAGCACUGGAGGAGGAGGAUUCAACAAGACCAGCUCGGGGGAAAUGUUUGACACCGAGCCCAAGGGGAAGUGGGAUGAGGACUGGGACAAGAGCAAAGGAGCCUUCCCCUUCAGUGAGAAGCUGGGAGAAAUCAGCGACAAGAUCGGCAGCACCAUCGACGACACUAUCAACAAGUUCCGCAAGAAUGAGAGGGAUGACUCGCCCGACAGAAUCAGUGACAACGAGGAGGACAAGGUAUCGCAGAACGGCCGGCCGGUGUCGGGGUCAGGGAAGCUGUCGGAGUUCAGAGACGAGGAGGAGACUGUUACGACCACGAGCAUCCAGAUCAGCCAUGCAACGGAGACCACCACCACACGCAAACGUGGCGGCAUCCGCUCCAAGACCGUGGACCUAGGGGCCGCUGCUCACUACACAGGGGACAGGGGCAGGCUGGACGCAGACAACGGAAAGACGUCUGCUAGCCAGUCUUCAAGCAGUGGCCCUGCAGACCUUCUUAUGGUGGACGCUGAGUCCAGUCAGACUGCACCAGCAGGUGGAAGUUCAGACCUCAUCUGUGAUUUUGCUGACUUCUCCUCCCCAGCUGCCUCAGCCAGUCUCCCUUCAUCAGCCGGGUCAGGGUCCAGUGGGAAGGGUGAGUUUGGGGAUUGGAAUGCGUUCUCCAGUCCGCCGGCCCCCACCCCACCCUCAGUUGACUUAUUUGACCUGAUUGGCUCCAAUCACACCUCCCUCACCGCCUCCCAAAGCAUGACCUUCUCCAUGUGUGGUACCCAGAGUGUGGGUGUCGCCAACACCGACCUGCCCAUCUCCAGAUCACAGAACUUUGGACCAAUGCAAGGGGACUUAUUGCCCCAGCACGUGGAGCUCCAGAAGCCCUGCCUCCCCACCACAUGGUCAGACCCCAGCGUCAACAUCAGCCUGGACUUCCUGUCUCCUGGUAUGCAGAUGACCACCUGCAAGCCCAGCCUCAACAACAUGUUACAGCAAGAUCCCCUGCUUUCAGGAGUCCAGCCGCCCAUCAACCUGACUCAGAGGUUUGGAGGCCUGAAUCUGAACCAGGCCACACCCAUCAGACUUUCCACCAACCCCAUGAUGCCCGCCAGUGCCAUGGGCCUAGGCAUGCCUCCCACCAUGGCAACGGGUACCAUGGGGAUGGGCGCCAUGCGAAUGGGAGGAGUGCCUGUCAAUCAGGGAAUUAUGGGAGUGAACAUGGUUGUGGGCACCCUGGGUAUGCCAGGGAUGGGCAUAGGGCAGCCCAUGGUCAACCCUGCCAUGGUGCAACCCAAACAAGAUGCCUUCGCGAACUUCGGCAACUUCGGGAAAUGAGAGAGCUGAAGGAUUUGUGUGGAAGAGUUUUGUUCAGAACACACCAUUAUGAACGGAAAGCUGCAUACGCGGAGCAGACUACUUGAGAAAUAUCUAAUGGUGUUUCCCUUCAAUCCAUUCUCUUUAUAUACACUGAGUGUACAAAACAUUAGGAACACCUUCAUAAUAUUGACUUGCGCUCCCUUCUGCCCUCAGAACAGCCUCAGUUUGUCGGGGCAUGGACUCUAUAAGGUGUCGAAAGCUUUCCACAGGGGAUGCUGUUGACUCUAAUGCAUCCCACAGUUGUGUGAAGUUGGCUGGAUGUUCUUGGUGGAUCAUUCUUGAUACACAGGGGAAACUGUUGAGCAUGAAAAGCCCAGCAUCGUUACAGUUCUUGACACAAACCAGUGCGCCUGGCACAAACUACUAUGCCCUGUUCACUUAACACCCUAUGAAUGGCACACUUACACAAUCUAUGUCUCAAGACAUCCUUUAACCUGGCUCCUCCCCUUCAUCUAUCUGAUGGAAGUGGAUUUAAGUGACAUCAUUAAGGGAUCAUAGUUUUCACCUGGAUUCAGCUGGUCAGUCUGUCAUGGAAAGAGCAGGUGUCCUUCAUAUUUUGUACAUUCAGAGUGUGUGUGUAAUCAAGAGUUUGAAUUAGUUUUUGGGCGGGAAGGGCUUAUCUAACAUUACAUUUUGUAUAUGGUUGAAAGCAUAUACAUUCUACUUUCUUGGUGUUUCUACCAACACCAGAUAAAUACUUCAGAAAACAUGUUAAGUGUGUUGUUACUGUGUCCCUUUUCUACUUUCGUGUUGUCAUGUUUCUGUUUUCAAACAUGUCAGAAGAAUGUUCAGGAAUUACCUCACAUUGACCCUACUUCAUGCCGGGACUCAGAACAGGAAUGGCAAAAUAUGUCAAUAUAUUUUUGGUGUGCAAAAACAAGUAUUAUUGCGCUAUUAAAGAUGUCUUGGAAAGUAUGGGCUUAAAGAACAAAAGUCCCCCAAGUGAUUAAAUUCCUCUGUUACAUUG